UUUUUCUGGCAAGUCAAGCGAGGGAACGACUGCUCGGGUAUUGACAUCUCUUCAUUCGUCCAACCCCAACAUCUCUCCUAAGGAUGCUUGAUAUCCCCGCGAAAACAACCCGCGAUGUACUCCAUCGUAGAUCCCGACGAAGAUGAGCGCUCCUCACCAUCCUCAUUAGACAUCCACCCGCUCAAACUCUUCGACAUUGCGAAAUCUGAAGGGAGGCCUCUAUUCGCCGCUGCUCCCAUGGUGAGAUACAGCAAGCUGGCAUUCCGGGAAACUGUUGCGGAAUACGGCGUGGAUCUGACAUGGACGCCUAUGAUUCUCGCAAAGGAGUUCAACCGCAGUGCCGUAGCACGUGACAGCGAUUUCACCACCUCACCCACCGCACCCCCGACGAUCGCCCAACUCGGCGCCAACUGCCCCCUCGAGGUCGCUCGCGCCACCACCCUCCUCGCUCCUCACGUCAAUGGCGUCGAUCUCAACUGCGGCUGUCCGCAAUCGUGGGCGUGCGCCGACUCCCUCGGCGCCGCGCUGAUGCAGCAGCCCGAACGAGUCGUCUCCAUGGUGCGUGCCGCUCAGCGCGCGCUCCACGACGCCGGUUACGGCGGGCGACGCAGCGUGAGCGUCAAGAUGCGCGUGCUGGCGGACCCGCGGCGCACGGCGGACUUCGUGCGGGCGGUCGAGGACGCCGGGGCGGAUUUCCUCACGGUUCAUGGGCGGACGCGCAGUACGCGGUCGAGCCAGCCGGUGGACGUGCAGGCCAUCAAGCUGGCGGCGGAGCACGCGACGAGGAUGCCCGUGCUGGCGAACGGGGAUGUGUUCACGCGGCGGGAUGCGGAGGAGCGGGCGCGGGAGACGGGGACGGAUGGGGUGAUGGCGGCGAGGGGCCUCCUGGAGAACCCGGCGCUGUUCCGGGGCGAUGAGGGCUGUCCGUGGGAGGCAGUGGAGAGCUUCAUGGCGAAGGUGGUGAAGCGACCGAUCCCAUUCAAGCUGGUGGUGCAUCACCUGACGGAGAUGUGUGGGAGUGAUAGAGCGGGCGGCACCGGAGGGGUGGGGAAGGGACCGCUACUGAAUAAGGAGGAGAGGAUGGGGCUGGUGGGCUGUGGGAGCAUGCUGGAGCUGAUGGACUUCUUGGAUAGUGUGAGGACGCUCAGGAGACUCGAAUGA